CCCUGCACCCACUGGCAAGGAAGCCCCACACGCAGAGAAUACGCGAGACGCGACGCCACCAAGGCCAGUAGCACCAACCCCAAGUCCCCGACUCGCGACCCGACCGGCGACGGACGAGACGAGGCCGAGGGACAAGGGGGGAGCCAGUGAGAGAGCCAGCGGCAUGAGGGGGAGCGAGAUGUUGACCGCGGCGCGUGGCGCCGGCACGGCUCCGUCCACCGCCUCCUCGGGGGCGUCGGCGUCGGCGGCGGCGGACCUGGCGGGAGCAGGGGGCGCGGGCGCCAUCGGCGGGGGCGGCGGCAACUUCCCCCUCGCCGUCGCCCUCCUCGCCUUCGCCUUCGCCAACUUCAUCAACCUCCUCUCCAUCUGGUUAAAAGAGAAGAGAUGGGAUGCAAGGAAAUUUCUUACUUCAGCUGGAGUCAUGUCAUCUCUUUCUGCAACUGUGGGAAGUUUGGCCGUUGCUGUGGGUCAACAAGAAGGCGCAGAUAGCUCUGCAUUUGCCCUUGCAUUGGUUUUUGCUGCCGUUGUAAUGUAUGAUGCAUCAGGAAUCAGAUGGCACACAGGUCGCCAAGCUGCGUUGUUAAAUCAAAUAGUUUGUGAUUUCCCACCAGAGCAUCCAAUUAUUUCAACCUUUAGGCCGCUACGGGAACCUCUUGGACACAGUCCACUUCAGGUUUUUGCAGGAGCAGUUGUUGGUUGUACUGUUGCAUAUUUCGUGGGAAAAUCUGUAUAAGAAAAUAGUUGGCAUUUGCCUUGUACACGAAUUCUAUUGUCUUAAUAUAUUAAACCAUUUCGUUAAAAAAAUCUCCCUUGUACAUUUUGUCUAUGAGAAA